CCCUCCCUUCCAUUCACACCCUUUACCGUUCACUCUCUAAAAGGUGAAAACUCUCUCUCUCUAAAAACAUUUUCUUUAACCAUUUUGUUUGAUCUUCAGUUCUUGAUCCUUAAUUUCUCUCAUUUUAUUACAACUCGUUGAUUGUUUUUUUCCGAUACCAAAGAUCAAAAGAAUGGCAGAAACCUGUACAAGAAAACUGAUAGUUGAGGUUUGCAAUGCCAGAAGCUUGAUGCCAAAAGAUGGCCAAGGAACAGCAAGUGCAUUUGCUACUGUAGAUUUUGAUGGCCAAAGAAGGAGAACGAAGACCAAGCUCAGAGAUCUGAAUCCAGAGUGGGAUGAGAAGCUUGAGUUUCUUGUCCACGAUACUGACUCUAUGGCUACUGAGACUUUAGAGAUCAGUCUUUACAAUGACAAGAAGACAGGUAAAAGAAGCACUUUUCUGGGCAAAGUAAGGAUUGCUGGUAGUGCUUUCGUUAAAUCUGGAGGAGAGACUCUUGUUUAUUAUCCGUUGGAGAAACGAAGCGUGUUUUCGCAGAUUAAAGGAGAGCUGGGGCUGAAAGUCUAUUACAUCGACGAAGAUCCUCCGGCUCCACCAGCAGAGCAGAAACCUGAGGAGAAGGCACCAGAGACGGAAGAGAAUAAGCCAGCAGAAGAGGCGAAACCUGAGGAAGAGAAAAAAGAAGAGGAGAAGAAAGAAGAGCCAAAGACGGAGUCCAAUAAAGAGGCAAAAAAGGAAGAGGAGAAAUCAAGUCCACCACCACAAGAGGAGAAUCCCAAAAAACCUGACGAGGCAGCUCCUCCAGUUAAGGUGGAGAAUCCGCCGUUGGCCGAGAGUGAAAAGAAGCCGUCGAAAGAAGAAAAGGAAAAGGCAGAGAUUGUAAAAAGAUCUGAGGUAACAAUCGGUGAUCUUGAACUCCGGUCUUUAGCCAGUGAUCGAGGUCGAAGCGCUUAUGAUCUGGUGGAUCGGAUGCCAUUUCUCUAUGUUCGAGUAGUGAAAGCCAAAACAGCAAACAAUGAAUCCAAAAACCCAGUUUAUGCCAAGCUCAUGAUUGGGACACACAGUAUCAAAACCAAGAGCCAGAGUGACAAAGACUGGGAUAAAGUCUUCGCUUUCGAUAAAGAAGGAUUGAAUUCAACUUCUUUAGAAGUUUCAGUUUGGACAGAAGAGAAGAAAGAGAAUGAAGAGGCAGCACAAGAGUGUUCUCUGGGCACUGUAUCUUUUGAUUUGCAAGAGGUGCCCAAGAGAGUGCCCCCAGAUAGUCCUUUGGCUCCACAAUGGUACGCUUUGGAAUCGGAGAACUCUGCGGGAAAUGAAGUCAUGCUCGCCGUUUGGAUUGGGACUCAGGCUGACGAGGCAUUUCAAGAGGCUUGGCAAUCGGAUUCAGGUGGCUUAUUACCGGAGACCAGAGCCAAGGUGUAUCUGUCGCCAAAGCUUUGGUAUUUGAGACUAACGGUUAUCCAAACCCAAGAUUUGCAUUUAGGUUCGGGAUCCGAAGCUAAGGUUCGAAACCCUGAACUUUAUGUUAAAGCUCAACUUGGGGCCCAGCUUUUUAAAACUGGUAGGACUUCUGUUGGGUCAACAUCUGCUAGCUCGGCUAAUCCGACUUGGAAUGAGGAUUUGGUUUUUGUGGCGGCUGAGCCGUUUGAGCCAUUCUUGACUGUGACAGUGGAGGAUGUUACUAAUGGGCAGUCAGUGGGGCAUGCUAAAAUACACGUGGCAAGCAUAGAAAGGAGGACAGAUAAUCGGACAGAGCUUAAAUCAAGAUGGUUUAAUUUGGUAGGUGAUGAGACCAAACCCUACACGGGAAGGAUACACGUGAGAGUGUGUUUAGAAGGUGGGUAUCACGUGCUAGAUGAGGCAGCUCAUGUGACUAGUGAUGUUCGAGCAGCAGCUAAACAGCUAGCCAAGGCUCCAAUCGGGUUGCUUGAAGUUGGAAUCCGAGGAGCCACUAAUUUGCUUCCUGUGAAAACCAAGGAUGGUACUCGUGGGACCACUGAUGCUUAUGUGGUGGCUAAGUAUGGGCCCAAGUGGGUCCGGACCCGUACAAUCCUCGAUCGAUUUAAUCCACGGUGGAACGAGCAAUACACGUGGGAUGUAUAUGAUCCAUGCACUGUGCUAACCAUUGGUGUGUUUGAUAAUGGAAGGUACAAGCAUGAUGAAGCUGCAGGAAAACAAGGCAAAGAUGUUAGGGUUGGUAAAGUAAGGAUCCGUUUAUCAACUCUUGAUACUAAUCGGGUGUACUUCAAUCAAUAUUCUCUUAUGGUGUUACUUCCUAGUGGGGCCAAGAAAAUGGGAGAGAUCGAAAUAGCCGUCCGAUUUUCAUGCUCAUCGUGGUUAAGUCUAAUCCAAGCUUACACUUCACCAAUACUGCCUAGAAUGCAUUAUAUAAAGCCAUUAGGCCCAACCCAACAAGACAUUUUGCGACAUACAGCAAUGCGUUUGGUGACUGCUCGGCUAACCAGGUCUGAGCCACCACUGGGCCAAGAAGUGGUCCAGUUCAUGUUGGAUAGUGACACACACAUGUGGAGCAUGAGGAGGAGCAAGGCUAAUUGGUUUAGGGUGGUAGGGUGUCUCACACGCGUCGCAACUUUGGCACGUUGGACUGAAGGGAUUCGCACCUGGGUGCACCCACCCACUAGUGUUCUUAUGCACAUGUUGCUUAUAGCUGUUGUGUUAUGUCCACAUCUAGUGCUCCCCACCAUAUUCAUGUAUGCCUUCCUGAUCUUAGUGUUCAGAUUUCGCUACCGUCAAAGGGUCCCACUCAACAUGGAUUCGAGGCUCUCUUAUGUGGACAUGGUGGGACCUGAUGAGCUUGAUGAAGAGUUUGAUGGAUUCCCAACCACACGAUCACAAGAUGUGGUUCGUGUCCGAUACGAUAGGUUGCGGGCCCUGGCUGGCCGGGCCCAGACACUCUUAGGAGAUUUUGCAGCCCACGGGGAGCGUUUAGAAGCUUUGUGGAAUUGGAGGGAUCCGAGGGCUACUGGGAUUUUUGUGGUGUUUUGCUUAGUUGCUUCAUUGGUAUUUUAUAUGGUUCCAUUUAAGGUGUUUGUAAUAGGGUAUGGGUUCUAUUACCUUCGUCACCCAAGGUUUCGUGACGACAUGCCAUCUGUCCCGGUUAGUUUUUUCAGGCGACUGCCGUCAUUUUCGGACCAAAUUCUUUAGAAGUGUGGUGGCACAUUUUGGUUUACUUUUUUGGUGAAGUUAUAACCACAUAAAAGUGUUUUGUAAUGUGGUUUAUAACUAUUGAUUGAUUUAUUAGUUAUUUUUUAGCAAUAAAUAAAGCUUUCAAUGCGGCAAA